AUGUCCCAAAGCUUUCCUCGUAAUGACACAUCUUCCAGCUCGGAAGAUGAAACAGACAAUUAUAGAUCUCAUAUCCAGAUUCCGAGUUUAGAUCUAGCAAACUAUAGGAAGCAGCAAAAAUCUACUUCCAAGACGAACCUUGCCAAAGCAGGUAAGAAACUCAAGAACAACAAGUCGGUGAGAUUCCCUGAUCUGUAUUCGCCUAGAGACACCAUUAUCAGUAAUGCGUCAACCACGAAUAAUUCUUCGUCAGAUUCUGAGUUAGAGCAAGAUAUGGUAACAGGUGAGAAUUCGAAUUUGCCAAAUUUCAAUUUUUCUGCAAACCAGGUACACUCGCCAGAAUAUGCGAAUGAAGAUGACGCUAACGAUGACAGUGGCGAAGAAGAGGACACAUUUGAGCCUCCGGCAGACUUCUAUGCGUCGGAAGGCUCGGACGAAGACAUGGAAGCGGAUAACGAAGGUGAUAACGUAGAGGAUAAGGAAGAGGUGGUAAAUGAAAAAGAAGAAAUAGCAGAUGAUUUGCAUUCUAAAAGCUCCAAGACAUCUAGAGAGUCUAAGUCAUUUAAUGCGGGAACCAAAAAUUCGAGAAGGUCACUCAAUUCGCUUCAACGUAAUGAAACUGAUGUAACAGACCAGUUGAAGAGAACAACUUCUACAACUUCUUCGUCCAAAAGAUCAAAUUCAGACAAACGUACGGGGUUCAAAGAUAUUUUACGUAAAUUUGCUCUAGUUGAUCAACAAUAUCCUGAGGCCCCAAGUAACCGUGAGAGUGAGGAUUUGGGAGAGCCACAGCCAUCGAGAUCUGACACAUUCUUAGGUAAUGUGUUGUCCAUGGCUGGCGAGAGUGGUGGAUUGGUGCCUGGAGCUACGCAUUUUUCUAGGGAAAAGACAAUAGAUGAAGAAGAAGAAGUGGGCUUUGAAGAUGAAGACUCAGAUCUUAUUGAAAUGAAGAAAUUAGAUUUCGCACAACUUAGUAACGAAGCGCAGAAUUUAAUCUCUACUCAUGUGCCAGAUUUAGCUAAUAAGUUGCCAGAAGGUACAAGCAGUGACCAACAACUCGAUUAUUCAGAUACUUCAGCCUCAAAUUUAAUUAAGAACGAUGAAGAAACGGGUAAUGAAGCAACCAAGAAGGAUGAUGAAUUCUAUACACCAAAUCCAGAUUAUUUCAUUCGGGGUGAUAUUAAUAAUGAAAAUGAUGCAGAUGACUAUUUAAUGUUGGAUGAGCAUAUGGACGACAUUGCUCCCCCUAAACGAGUUCAAGCUGGUGUUCUUUCCUCGUUGUUAAAAUUAUAUCAGAAUCCUCAAGAACAACAAUCUUCAUCUUCUUUGACCUCGAAAAGUACUUAUGGGGGUAAUACUUUGGCUGAUGAUUCAAAUUACAGUUACAGCGACCCUAAAGCGGCGAGUACUCUAGAUUUCACAAAGUUGAAAAAUGAUUUCAAAAAUGGUCCAAAGAGAAUGGCUAAUAAAAUACCAGGUAGAAAGCACGGAGCUCAAAAACAAGAUACGCAAGACGAAUCUGCUCAGAAAUAUUAUGAUGAGGAUGGUAAUGAGAUUGCUGCGCCAAAUUUACCAUCAUUUCAUAAUGCAAAACCUAAAGCUCCCAAAAAGAUUGCAGCCGCGGGUAAAGUUCCAUCCAAGGUGCACAAGAAACUUAAAGAACAUAAGAGACAGCAAGAUCAACAACUUCGUAUUACAGUGCAUAUAGCUGAUAUUCUUCAUAGACAAAGAUUUAUUAUGAGAAUGUGUAAAGCAUUGAUGAUGUUUGGAGCGCCAACUCAUAGAUUGGAGGAAUAUAUGACUUUAACGAGUAGAGUGUUAGAGAUUGAUGGUCAAUUCGUAUAUUUUCCUGGUUGUAUGAUUGUAUCAUUCGGUGAUGCAUCAACCAGAACUUCAGAGGUCCACUUGGUUAGAUGUGCCCAGGGCUUGAAUUUAUCAAAGCUUUCUGACACACAUCGAAUCUAUAAAGGUGUUAUUCAUGACAUCUUACCGGUUGAUGAAGCCUCUACUCAACUUGAAGAAUUAUUGAAGAAAAAGAAUAGAUACUCACCAUGGCUAUGUGUUUUCUUAUAUGGGUUGGGUUCAUCUAUGGUUUGUCCUUUUGCUUUUAAUGGUGGAUGGUAUGAUGUCCCAAUUGCGUUUGGUGUAGGAUUAUGUGUCGGGUACUUGCAGUUUUUUGUAUCUUCAAAAUCUAACUUGUACUCGUCCGUCUUCGAAGUCACUGCAUCUAUUGUUGUCACAUUUAUUGCUAGAGCUAUCGGGUCCAUUCAUGAUGGUGAAUACUUUUGUUUUUCUGCUAUUGCACAAGGAUCACUAGCAUUGAUUUUACCUGGUUAUAUUAUUUUGACCGGUUCUUUAGAGUUACAAUCGAGAAAUAUUGUUGCUGGUUCUGUUAGAAUGUUCUAUGCUAUUAUCUAUUCGUUAUUCUUAGGGUUUGGAAUCACAUUAGGAGCAUCGUUAUAUGGUUGGGUUGAUAGUAAUGCAAUCUCAACUACAAAGUGUAAAAACUCAAUUAAACAGGAUGAAUUCAAAAUUCUCUUUGUUCCAUUAUUUUCAGCGUGUUUGGGUUUGAUUAAUCAGGCAAGAUGGAGGCAGUUACCAAUUAUGAUUGUUAUCGCAUGUGCUGGUUAUGUCGGUACAUUUUUUGCUGGUAAACAUAAACAAUUUAGUGAAGUCACGGAAUUUACUGCUUGUAUCGGUGCGUUUAUUGUGGGAAUUUUGGGUAAUUUGUAUUCAAGAAUUGGUAAAGGUAUGGCGGUUGCUGCCAUGUUGCCAGCUAUUUUUGUGCAAGUUCCUUCUGGUAUUGCAUCUCAAAGUACUCUCUUAGCUGGUGUUGAAUCAGCUGAUAAACUUACAAGUAGUAAUUCUACUACGACAGACACUAGUACAGCAUCUGAUUCUGCGGGCUCAUUAGCUUUUGGUGCAACUAUGGUUAAAGUUUCGAUUGGUAUUAGUGUUGGGUUAUUUGCUUCUGCGUUGUUCGUCUAUCCAUUUGGUAAGAAAAAAACUGGUCUUUUCUCUUUAUAG